AUGACUUCUUCAGUCGAAAUUGAUAAACUGAGUCUAGAGGACACCCCUAAGACGGUUUUACACUCCGCGCAAGAUUUCACCGUCGUCCAUCCGCUUUCUCACGAGUGGACUCUGUGGUACACAAAGCCUCCUAGCCACCCGGACGAAGACUGGAGUACUCUGCUAAAAGAGCUGGUCACCGUAAACACCGUCGAAGAAUUCUGGGGUGCCUACAAGGCCGUUCCUAAGGUUGUCGAGCUUCCUUUUAAGUCUGAUUUCUCUUUGUUCAAGAAAGGAAUUCGCCCCGAGUGGGAGGAUCCCGCUAAUGCUCGUGGUGGUAAAUGGAUCUACGUCAGCCGCCAGAUGCGCCCUGACAUCGACGAGAAAUGGCUUAAUGUUAUGUUGGCCGCCAUUGGUGGUACUCUCGACUGCGAUGAUGAAGGCAAGGAGCUUGUAAACGGUAUUUUCGUCAUGUGCAGAAAGGGUGCCGUUAAAAUUGCCAUGUGGGUUACUGGCUCGCACGAGGCCACUCGUGACGUAGCUCUGCGCUUCAAGGAGGCUCUUGGCCUUGCUGAUAAACCCAAUGCUAUCGAGUACCAUGUCCACGAUGAGGCUCGCACCAAGUCCAAGUCCGCAAUCACUCUUUAA